AUGUCGUCAGGUCAGCCUCGUAACCCCGCAGAAAGAAACAGGCGGCAGCAACCACACGAAGAAGAAAAGCAAAGACCAGUUGAUCAGUAUCUUGUUCCGGUCGUCCAAGCAACUGACUCGAAUGAGACCGACAAGGACCCUCACGAGUCGCCGUCGCCGCGCCGGCUCAGCGAUGCCUCCCGACGAGAGGGCGACUCGCCGCAUCUGUCCGAGGCCAAGCGUCCGCGAUCGGUGGAGCGGGCACCCAACUGCCCGGACCGUGCUGACAAGGAGAACACAAAGCGGCUGCAGGUGGCCAGCGUCGGCUCGCGCCGGAUCUACGGUGCCUCGGCCGACGCCGGUGGCUCGCGGUUCGCUGCAAGUCCACAGAUGCGGCCGACGCCAUGGCCGCGCAAGUCCGGAGAGGGUGGCAAGAGCCCGCAACUGCACUGCAGUAAGGCGCAGACGGCAAGUCGUGGCCUGCAGCUGAUCCCGGCCAUGCGAUCGCUCGACUCUGACGAGGACGGCAAGGACCCUCUGUAUAUCGGCCUACCCAACUGCGGGAACUCUUGCUAUCAGAACACCACCCUGCAGUCGCUGCUGGGCCUGCGUCCGUUCCUGAGUGAGAUGAUCUCGGACCAGGACGAGAGCGGCCAGGGCCGCACGCUGCGCGCCGUCGCCAAACUGAUGGUGCUGCGCCAGAAGGCGCUCAGCAAAUCAGUCGCCAACCACCUUAAUGACCUUCGCAACGUGUUCGCCGACAUCGACCCGGUGUUCCAAGGGAGUGAGAUGCAGGACGCCAACGAGUUCUUGCUUCGCCUGCUAGACACCAUGAAGGAAGAGAUCGACGCGCGGCGGACAACCGACAACCCGGUGCGAGACAACUUCCAGUACCAGAUCGUCGAGAGUUAUAUGUGCACCAAUUGCCAUGAAACCGUGCUGAAACGGCAAGAGGACAUUAGCUGGUUUGUCAGCGUGCCGCGCCGCCAGGGCACAGAGGCGCCCACGCUGCAGGACGCACUGCGGCUGAGCAUGCGACCCGACCGGCGCCACCUGCUCUGUCAGCACUGCUGCCACGAUGAGUGCCGUGUCACCACCAAAAUCAGCCAGCUGCCCAGGACGCUGAUACUCCAGCUCAACCGGUACGUCUUCCUUGGGGAGGACUCGAAGAAAAUCUGCGCAUAUGUCGGCAUUCCCAAGUUCCUUUCGCUGAACGAGCACGUCGCGGACGACGUCACCCGGCCUCCCGAGUGGAAGUGCACAAAAUCUCCCUUGUGCACCCUCUCCUACUUCGAGGAGUCUGAGGCGCCCAGCUCGGGUCCGUCGCCGUCGUCCACCGCCCGUGGACCGUCGUCAGUGCCGGCCGGUACCGCUGGCCUGCCAGAGACCGCCACCGCCGGCUCGCCGGGGUCGGCCGGAGUCGCGGCACCGACGUGCCCCCCGUCACCGACGACCGGUGCCGAGCCGCCGCCGCCGCCAGCGCAGGCCGAGCGUGUGGUGCUGGACGCCGACUCCGUGGAAGACGGCCAGUCUCUCUCUUCAGUGGACCUGGCCGGCGACUUUACCUACCGACUGGUGAGCGUCGUCAGCCACUACGGCAGCGCCACGCACUCCGGACACUACGAAUCGGACGUAUACAGCGUCGGCAGGGACCGAUGGUUCCACUAUGACGAUCGCCGAGUCAGCUGUGUUGACGAGACCGACGUUCUGGAUAAUGGACCCCAGAGAAACGGCUAUAUUUUCUUUUACCUCCACAAAGACCUAUGCAGCCAAGUAGUCAGCGUGGAGGGUGCUGACGGGGCACUGUGACGGACGCGGCAGGGAGCACAGGUUCUGAGCGGCACCGGCGGCGGAACGACCCUGACCGCCUACUUGUGUAUGAGUGUAUGUGCGGCCGUGUGUGUGUGCGCCCGUGCAUGUAA